CCGAGGGGCGGGCGGUCCUGCUUAUCGUUAUCAUCGUUUCUUUUUAUUUUUUUUCUCGUUUUCGUCCCCCGAACCAGAAGUGCUUCACUACAUCACUACACGAAUUUUUAUUCCGUUGAUAGCAUUGUUUUUUUUUUCAAUUUCCCCGUACACAACGACAACGAAAAGUGUUUACGACAAACAACAGCAGCACCGCCAACAGCAUCGUCGUCGUCGUUCGCGUGACGGCCAUUAAGAAAUCAACGGACGACAUGUAACGCGGUCACGACCGUUUUUAGAUACAACCUAAACGACUGCCGAUCGCGGACGCCCCGGGCGCCGUACAACAACUGGCCGACGGUUUCCAAACGUCUCCGUAAAAAGACCUGAUGUCCGUCGUAUUGCUUCCUGUUCAACACUGUCGCUAAAUGAUGAAAAUGAGCGACGAAACGCCAGUCAGUUCUCUGGUUCUACCAGUAUUGAUCAGGCCGAUUUUGUCUCAGUUAGAGAAACGCAAUGUUUCUGCAUCGCAAACUCUACGGUCAGCAUUGUUUAAAACGGAAAAUACUCAUCCAGGGUUUGCGUAUAAUUUGGUUGCUGGAAUAAUGAAACAAGGUGAUAUUAGUAUUAAUAUGAAUGAGAGUGUAUUGAGACUUCAAGGCACGGUUUCAGAUCUAGAAGGUGGUGAAUAUAGAUUAAAUAGAUCUGAAGAUGCAUUUCAAGAAUUAAAUAAAAAGUCUAUGGCUUUAAAAAGAAUAUUAAGUCGCAUACCAGAUGAAAUCAAUGAUCGUAAAACCUUUUUGGAAACAAUUAAAGAGAUAGCUAGUGCUAUAAAAAAAUUACUUGAUGCAGUAAAUGAAGUAUCUGCAUAUAUUCCAGGGCCUAGUAACAAACAAGCAUUAGAACAGAGAAAACGUGAGUUUGUUAAGUAUUCCAAACGGUUCAGCAAUACACUAAAAGAUUACUUCAAGGAAGGACAUGCCAAUGCAGUAUUUAUCAGUGCCUUAUAUUUAAUUCACCAAACAAACCAAAUUAUGAUAACCGUAAAAAGUAAAUGUGAAUAAAAAUGUUCUUAUAUUUCAAUUAAUAAUUAAGCAAUGUAAUACAUUCCACUACCAAUUAUUUAUUACAAUUAUUGUUCUCAUAGGAAAAAAGGAAAUAAUGUUAUAUAGUUUUAAAAUAAUGUCGAAUUAUAUCUAUAUUGUAUUUGCUAUUUAAAUACAUUGUCAUAUUUAGAAAAUUAUUUAUAAAUAACAUUAUUUUUACAAAUACUUUUGAUUGAUUUAUGGACAAUAUUAAUUUGAUUUUGAGUUCAUGAGUUGAAAAACCUUAGUUUUAAUGAAGUCAAAUUUUUACUUUUUUUUCUCAAUAUGUUUUAACUAGCAAAAUCUUAUUGCAAAUUAUAAUAUGUUAUAGCACUUGUCCAAUACGAAAAAAUAUUUUUCUUUAUUAACAUUUGAUUAUGAUUUGAAUUAUUAUCAACAGUGUUAACUCACAACUAUUAUUUUAUACAUUUAUUAAAUAUUCAUAAAUGUUAUAUUUUUAUGCACCAGUAUUAUAGUAAAAAAUUGUGAUUAAGUACAAGUUGUACCAAUAAUAAAUUCUGAUAUCAUACAUAAAAGAUAGUGUGUUGAGUAUCAAAAUACAAUUAUUACCAUUAUUUAUUAUUAUAAUUAAAAUAAACUAUAAAAUACAAUUUUUAUUUUUAAAUAAUUAUAAUGUUUAAAACUUUUCAAAGCUCUAUUUUUAUUUAUAAUGAAUAAGCAAAUGUUAACCCUUAUCAUAAACAUAUUACUAUUUACCCAACUAAUGUAUUGUAACUGUAUUAAUCAUAUAUUAUAUUAUUAGAUAAUUUAUUUAAUUUAAUUAUUUAAAUUAAAUUGUAUUUAUAUAUAAAAAAAAAACUUAUUUAUUUAGAAUGUAAUAUUUUAAUUCAAUUAUUAUCAAUAGAACAUUUUAUGGAUUCCUAUAAUUGAUAUAGAAAAAUAAAUUUAGAAACAUGUGCAAUUUACCUUAAAUGUCAAAAUAAUGUUAUACAGAAUUUUGAACGAAAAAAGUAUUUUCAAUUCUCAAAAUUAUAUGUUUACUAUAUAUUUUAUUCCAUUGUGUUGUUAAUUAUAUAUAAAAACAUUUUAAAGUAUUUUUAUUGAAAUGGGGAUCAAAUGAAGUGAUAUUGAAUUGCUUAGAUAAAUUAAUUUAGUUAAAUGUUUUAAGUUAAACUUGAAGUUUGUAUGUUUUUUUACAUGUCUGCGUGAAAUAAAAAUUCUUAAAAAUAUAUCUAACUUAUUUUCAUAUAUGAAAAUAGAUAAUAUAUUUAUGGUAUCUGUCUAGUAUCCUUUAUUUUUCUGUUCAAUAUUUUUUAGAUUGUUAACACAAUGUUUUUAUAAACCAGCAAAUAGAUAAUAGAAAUUUUAUUUUAUAAAAUCUUAUUAUAAAUUAGUGAUAGUAUUUAUCUAAAAGCUGUCCCAGAAACAAAAACAUAUGUAUAGAAUGUAAUACGCAAAAUAUAUUUAAAUAAUUAAAAGUAUUUUAUAUUAGUUAUCAA